UCCACAGUCACGUCAACGGCGAGUUUACGGAAACAGUCUCCUCUGACACAAGGAAGCCGACGGCCGCUCGUUUUUCUUACCUGGCCGUGGGACCGCGAGACAGUUCGAAGAAGAACCGUUAAGCGUUGAACUCGAAAUGGAAACAAGUGUUUAGAGAACAGAAAUUGUGUUUUUCGUGGAGGCUUUCUGGAGAAACAUUUAUUCGGACGUUUCGCGGUAUUUUCUCCGCUGUAAUUAAAGCGGUUUUCUGUAGCACGGACUAAAUUCCAGCUCCUUCUAACCGGAGAAACCAUGAAAAAUGAUGCAUCAUGGAAUCUGACAAUCUAAACUUUGAGCAACAAUUUCAUAUCGGGGAGACUGACAGCAUGGGAAGCAGCAGAGACGAGGCGAUAACAGAUUAACGUUGAUGAUAAAGAGCCUCCCUCUCUUUGAUUUGUUGCGAAUGUUUGACUCUUAUGUUCGUGAACGUUACACGCACCUAAAGGACCUGGGGGACGGGGCAGUGUGUGUUGGGAUGCUACUUCUCCAUUUAUUGUCAGGUGUCAGUUUUGGUUUCUCCAGAAAGAUCUGUGCUAUCCCAGAAUGGCUCGAUUUGAUGACGAACUGUCUAGCCGCUAUGGAGGCAUGUGCCCCGCGGGCCCGGCCAGGGGGGCCAGUCGGCUGCCGGGGCCUCCGGGGGUCCAGAGGAUGUACAAGCAGACGAUGGCCCAGAGAGCCAGGACCAUGGCUAUUUACAACCCCAUUCCGGUCAAACACAGCUGCCUCUCCGUUAACCGCUCUCUGUUCAUCUUCAGUGAGGAUAAUAUCAUACGGAAAUAUGCCAAAAAGAUCACGGAAUGGCCUCCAUUUGAGUACAUGAUCCUGGCCACCAUUAUUGCAAACUGCAUUGUGCUGGCCUUGGAGCAACACCUACCGGCGUCAGACAAAACACCAAUGUCAGAGCGUUUGGACGACACAGAGCCCUAUUUUAUUGGAAUAUUUUGUUUUGAGGCUGGCAUCAAGAUCAUCGCCCUGGGCUUUGCCUUUCACAAAGGAACCUAUCUGCGUAAUGGCUGGAAUGUAAUGGACUUUGUGGUGGUCCUAACAGGGAUCUUGGCAACUGUGGGGGCGGAUUUUGAUCUAAGAACACUGAGGGCGGUGAGAGUAUUGCGGCCGCUCAAACUGGUCUCUGGCAUUCCAAGUCUUCAGGUGGUAUUGAAGUCCAUUAUGAAAGCCAUGGUACCUCUGCUGCAGAUUGGCUUGCUGCUCUUCUUUGCCAUCCUCAUGUUUGCCAUCAUCGGCCUCGACUUCUACAUGGGCAAGUUCCAUCGCACCUGCUUCAGAAUAGACACAGACGAGCAAGCUGCAGAUUUCCCCUGUGGCCUGGAGGCUCCGGCGAGGACCUGUGCCAACGGCACCGCCUGCAGGGAGUACUGGAUCGGACCCAACUAUGGCAUCACCAACUUUGACAAUAUCCUCUUCGCUGUUCUCACAGUUUUCCAGUGCAUCACUAUGGAGGGAUGGGUGGACAUUCUCUAUAACGCCAAUGAUGCCUCAGGGAACACGUGGAACUGGCUUUAUUUCAUCCCCCUCAUCAUCAUCGGUUCCUUCUUCAUGCUCAACCUGGUGUUAGGUGUGCUGUCAGGGGAGUUUGCCAAGGAGCGAGAACGGGUGGAGAAGAGGCAAGAAUUCCUGAAGCUUCGCAGACAACAGCAAAUAGAGAGAGAGUUAACUGGGUACCUGGAGUGGAUUUGCAAAGCGGAGGAGGUGAUGCUGGCCGAAGAAGAUAAGAACGCAGAGGAGAAAUCUCUGGAUGGAGCGUGGUACAAAAGAAAAAACAACAACUCUGUGAUGAAAAGGACCAAGAAAAGUAAGAAUGACCUCAUCAAUGCAGAGGAAGGCGAAGACCGCUUCACUGACAUCUCAUCUGCUGGGUCGCCGUUCACCCGGGCCAGCCUGAAAAGCAAGAACGAGAAUUCAUCUUACUUCAAGAGGAAAGAGAAAAGAAUUCGCUUCACCAUCCGCCGUCUGGUCAAGUCCCAGAGCUUCUACUGGACUGUUUUGUGUCUGGUUGGCCUCAACACGUUGUGUGUAGCCAUAGUGCACUAUGACCAGCCUGAAUGGCUCACCUUUGCAUUAUACCUGGCCGAGUUUGUAUUCCUGGGCCUGUUUCUGGCAGAGAUGUCCAUGAAAAUGUAUGGCCUCGGACCCCAGAACUACUUCCACUCCUCGUUCAACUGUUUUGACUUUGGGGUGAUUAUUGGCAGUAUUUUUGAAGUUAUCUGGGCUGCCAUCAAACCCGGGGCCUCAUUUGGGAUCAGUGUCCUGCGGGCUCUGAGACUGCUCAGGAUCUUCAAAGUCACCAAGUACUGGAACUCCUUGAGGAACCUGGUUGUAUCCCUUCUCAACUCCAUGAAGUCUAUCAUCAGCCUGUUGUUCCUCCUCUUCCUUUUCAUCGUGGUCUUUGCUCUGCUGGGCAUGCAGCUGUUUGGUGGCCAAUUUAAUUUUGAAGAUGAAACGCCAACAACCAACUUCGACACAUUCCCAGCAGCGAUUCUCACUGUCUUCCAGAUCCUAACUGGGGAGGACUGGAACGCAGUCAUGUACCAUGGGAUCGAAUCACAAGGGGGUGUUCACAGGGGGAUGUUCUCCUCCAUUUAUUUCAUUGUUCUCACUCUCUUUGGCAACUACACACUCCUCAACGUGUUCUUGGCCAUUGCUGUCGAUAACCUCGCAAAUGCCCAGGAGCUCACUAAGGAUGAAGAGGAGCAAGAGGUGGCCAUCAAUAAGAAGCUUGCACUCCAGAAAGCCAUGGAGGUAAAGGAGGUCAGCCCCAUGUCAGCCACUAACAUGUCCAUCACAGCUUUUCUUACACGCAGUCGAGGUAACGCACACUCUAGCAGCUCAUCCAUCUGCAGCGUUAACUCACUCUCCUCUGUGAUCACACCUUCUGGUAGAGCUGCGAGUUAUGUCUGCACCCCAGUCCACUAUCUGAGUAAGGAGCAGCAGAAGUCAGUGAAGACAAUGUCUGUGUGGGAGCAGAGGGCCAACCAGCUGAGGAGGCAGAACCAGGCGAGCUGCGAGGCCCUCUACAGUGAGCUGGAUCUUGAGGAGCGUCUUCACCUGUCCUCGGCCCUGAACAUCCGGCCUGACAUGAAGACCCACCUCGACCGGCCGCUAGUUGUUGAACCGCGUGAUGGGCUAUUGCUGGCCGGCCAUCAACACCACCAUCACAAGCCCUCCAUGCCAGAGGAGGCAGAAACUGCCACUGACCCUCCUCCUCCUAUGCCUCACCAGGCCCGUCGCCACCACCGCCACAGAGACAGGGACCGGUCCAGAACAAAAGAGGGGACAAAUGAAAACAGUGGCACAAGUAAGGACAGGGGCCACCACGUCCAUCACAGCCGCUCCAAAGACCAUGACAGCAGCCGGGGCAAAGAAGUGAAGAGCGAGAGGUCCCGAAGCCAAGAAGGAGGCAGGAGACAUCACCAUCAGAGCUUAGUGGAUGACAGCGGAGGUGGAGGAACCAUGAGCGAGAGAGAGCAUCAACAUCAUCAUUCACACCGGCAGUCCCUAGGGGGAAAUGGGACAGUGAACAGUGGCGGGAGGGGAGAGCGAAGAUCCCGCCACAAAAAUGGACGUCCGUCUAACAGAGAUGCGGAUAGGAAUUCCAGAGGAGACAGUGGUGCCAAUGGAGAGCGGAGGAAACAUCGGCCUUAUGGAUCAAGGGGCCAAUCCACAGUUGAAGUACAGGUGUCCAACGAGAGAGAGAAGGAUCGCAGGUUUGUCGACUCAGAGGGUGAGGUCCUCGCCAUCUCCGAGCAGGGCUCUGAAGGGGUCAACUGUCCUCCUGACCGACAAGAGAACUCAGACAAGCAGAGGAACAUUACAAGAACUGGCCCAACCUCCAUCCACAUUCCUCCUGUGACUAUUACUUCUCCACCUGGAGACACCACCCUCAUACAAAUUAACAGUAUUGACUGUGCGACAAUGCCCAUGAAUGAGAAGGCCCUGGCGGAUCGAGGUCAAAGUGGACCCAAACCCAUUCUGCCUUACAGUUCUAUGUUCAUCUUCGGACAGACUAAUCCGGUGAGGCGGUUAUGUCAUUACAUUGUGACUCUGCGUUAUUUUGAGAUGUCCAUCCUGGUUGUCAUCGCAAUGAGCAGUAUUGCUUUGGCAGCAGAGGACCCUGUCUGGACAAACGCCCCUCGCAACAAUGUGCUCAAAUAUCUGGAUUAUGCCUUUACUGGUGUUUUCACUUUUGAAAUGGUGAUCAAGAUGGUGGACCUUGGCCUGUUGCUUCAUCCUGGAGCCUACUUCAGAGACCUGUGGAACAUUCUGGACUUCAUAGUGGUCAGUGGGGCGCUGGUGGCUUUUGCAUUUUCGAGCUUCAUGGGAUCGCAACAAGGUGUGACCAGGGGGACCAAAGGCAAAGACAUCAGCACUAUCAAGUCACUGAGAGUUCUCCGAGUGCUCAGGCCUCUCAAGACCAUCAAACGUCUGCCAAAACUCAAGGCGGUGUUCGACUGCGUGGUCAAUUCUUUGAAGAAUGUGCUGAACAUCCUCAUUGUUUACAUCCUCUUCAUGUUCAUCUUUGCUGUCAUCGCAGUUCAGCUCUUCAAGGGAAAAUUCUUCUACUGCACAGAUGAGUCCAAGGGGCUGCAGAAGGACUGCAAAGGACAGUUUCUCUACUAUGACAGGGAAGAGGUGGCUGCCAUGCCCAGAGAGUGGAAGAAAUAUGAGUUCCAUUACGACAAUGUGCUGUGGGCCUUUUUGACCCUUUUCACUGUCUCCACUGGGGAGGGCUGGCCAACUGUUUUGAAGCACUCUGUGGAUGCUACCUUUGAAGACACAGGUCCUAGUCCAGGCUACCGGAUAGAAAUGUCCAUCUUCUAUGUGGUCUACUUUGUGGUCUUCCCUUUCUUUUUUGUCAACAUCUUUGUGGCUCUGAUCAUCAUCACCUUCCAGGAGCAGGGAGACAAGGCAUUGUCUGAGUGCAGUUUGGAAAAGAAUGAGAGAGCUUGUAUUGACUUUGCCAUAAACGCCAAACCUCUGACACGCUACAUGCCCCAGAACAUGCAGUCCUUCCAGUACAGGAUGUGGAAGUUUGUGGUCUCAGCUCCAUUUGAGUACUCCAUCAUGAUCAUGAUUGCUCUCAAUACUGUGGUACUCAUGAUGAAGUUUCAUGGAGCUCCAGACUUUUAUGAAGCAAUGCUGAAGAACCUCAAUAUAGUCUUCACCACUCUCUUCUCUCUGGAGUGUAUACUCAAGAUCAUUGCUUUUGGUCCAUUGAACUACUUAAAGGAUGCUUGGAACGUGUUUGACUUUGUCACAGUGUUGGGCAGCAUCACUGACAUCCUGGUGACUGAAAUCAAUACUACGGACAGGCUGCUGAACCUGAGCUUCCUGAGGCUGUUCAGAGCCGCUCGGCUCAUCAAGUUGCUGAGACAGGGCUACACCAUCCGCAUCCUGCUGUGGACCUUCGUCCAGUCCUUUAAGGCCCUGCCUUAUGUUUGCCUCCUGAUUGCUAUGCUGUUCUUCAUUUAUGCCAUCAUUGGGAUGCAGGUGUUUGGCAACAUUGAGAUGAAUGAGGACACAGCUAUCAAUCACCACAACAACUUCCGCACUUUCCUUCAAGCUCUAAUGCUGCUGUUCAGGAGUGCAACUGGUGAGGCCUGGCACGAGAUCAUGUUAUCAUGUUUAAGUCAACGAGCCUGUGACAAGCUAUCAGGGUCCGAUGGGGAAGAAUGCGGCAGUGAUUUUGCAUACUUCUACUUUGUCUCCUUUAUUUUCCUCUGCUCCUUCCUGAUGCUGAACCUGUUUGUGGCUGUCAUAAUGGAUAACUUUGAGUACCUAACCAGAGACUCCUCCAUCCUGGGGCCUCAUCACCUUGAUGAGUUCAUCCGGGUUUGGGCUGAGUACGACCCCGCUGCAUGUGGCCGUAUCAAGUACCUCGAUAUGUAUCAGAUGCUGCUCCACAUGUCCCCACCCUUAGGUUUGGGAAAGAAAUGUCCGCCAAGAGUCGCUUACAAGCGCCUCGUCAAAAUGAACAUGCCCAUUGCUGAUGACAACAGCGUCCAUUUCACCUCCACUCUGAUGGCCCUGAUUCGCACUGCCCUUGGGAUCAAACUGGCCUCAGGCAUGGUAGCUCAGCGAAUAUCUGACUAUGAGUUAAAGAAGGAGCUGUCGACAGUGUGGCCCAGCCUCUCUCAUAAGACCAUGGAUCUGUUGGUGACGCCACAUAAACACAAUGAACUGACGGUAGGAAAGGUUUAUGCUGCCCUGAUGAUCUUCGACUACUAUAAGCAGAAUCGAGCGAGGAGGCUGCAGCUGCAGCAGCAGCAACAGGGCACAUCAGGUUCCCAGUGCAAGGUCGGGGCUCUAUUUAAGCCAUUGCUGCCUCUGACUCACAUGCAGGAGAAAGAUCUGCCUAUGAUGUUAAACAGUGUGGAGCCUCCCAGCAUGCUUCAGCCCCAGCCCAAAUCCCAUGCCAAGUCCCAGCCACAGACCAGACCUAGCUUCAACUCCCUCAACAAUGGAGGCACACUGCAAGGCCAUGAUCACAACAUCAAGGCAUCAUCAUCUUGGGUGAUGGAGAAACCCAAGGAAGCACCCCGAGCUAAGACCAAGAGAACCAUGUCCAGGGGCCCAUCUGAGGACACACCAGACACUGCCAUCACCCAGGAGUCGGUGGAGAUGAGCGAGAUAGAGACCAGUGCCAGCAGUACAAUCCCAUUCCCAGGCUCAGGUCUGGAGAACCAGGGCAGAGCUGCCUCUAUGCCUCGACUCAAUGCUGAGCUGCAGCGGAGCCACUCACGCCACUCUCCAGGGAUCCCUCUAGUUUCUGUCCCUGAUGCCAGUCCUAUGAAGCGCUCAGCGUCCACUGCAGCCCCACAGCGGCCCCAGGAGGUCAACCUGCGGGACUACACCCUGGAGAAACCCAGCCAGGACCGACCCCACCACCAUCAUCAUCACCACCGCUGUCACCAUCGUAGAGACAGGGACAGAGAUAAAGACAGAGAGAAAAUGCAGAGGUCUUUGGAUGCACCUCUGAGUGGACAACCACCAAGCUCGGCUGGUGCAACAGAAGAUCCAGACCCAGCUGCCUCCAGAGAGCGAGCCCACGACCGUGGACGCUCCCACGACAGGAAACAACACUCCUCGGCGAACAAGCAGCGCUACUACUCCUGCGACCGCUACUGCAGUCGGGAACACUGCCACACCAAAUCUGCCACCACCAGCUGUGCCGCCUCUCCCAGUGACGGGCAGGAAACCAGCACCAAGCAGGGCAGUGGUUGGGUUAAAGGAAGCCCAGUGGCACUGAGCUCCAGUUCUAGCACACCAAGCCGCGGACGUCGGCAGCUCCCCAAGACCCCCCACACCCCGCGACCUGGGGUGGCCUACAAGACUGCCAAUUCAUCUCCUGUGCACUUUGUGUCCAGCCUGGCCUCUCUGAGUCCCGGCCGACUAAGCCGCGGCCAGUCGGAGCACAAUACCCUCCAGCAAAGCGGCUACCACCACUUUCCCUGCCCUGUUACUCGUAUCAGCUCCGAGCCUUUCCUGGGCCAGGGCCAUGAUGAGGCCCUGAGCAGACUCUACGGAAGUCUCCGGGACCAGCUGGACGUCUUUCAGGAUGCGGUGUCACGGUCGCCCAGCCCCUGUGCUGGGCACUCAUCUCGGACCGCACUUCCUCAGAUGAUGGGAGCCCUGCUACCUGCUCCACAGCAAAACCUUGGGGUGCCCAACGGGUACCACAUCAACUUUGGGGGCAGAGCCAGCCCAGGCUCUGGCGUCAGGGCACCCAGGUAUUACCAGGAGGCAGAGGAGGACGAAUGGUGCUAGCAUGGCUUUAACCAUUCUUUUUAAUGCAUUUUUGAGGAAGUGUGAUGAGUUUUAUCAUCUUCUUUGAAGGCUUGAGUUUAAAUUGUCAAUAUGUGUGUGUUUAAUGCCAUAUUUUAAUUCUAACGUGGAAAACAAAGGUUAGGGAGAUCAUCUAAACAGCAGAGAAAGCUAGAAGAAGGGUAGUAUUUGAAUACUCUUCACCAAAGGGCACGUAGCAUUAUCCAAAAGAAGACUAGACUUUUUCCAAACAUCAGGUUUCUUACAGAACCUGCCCUUGAUUCGCUUUGACUUCAUUGUUUUGUUGACAACACCAUAUUGAUCCUUAAAUAGCAUUACGUUAUGAGCACAGACGAGACUAAACAUUAAGGUGAUAAUAUCUCCUGACGUUGAAAGAAAACGAAAGAUCCAAAGAAAAGAAAAACUACUAGACUUGCUGUGUGUUGUUCAUAACUCCAGUAGGUAUUCCAGGGAAACAGUUCAUAUAAAGGCAAGUGCUGAUAUAUUUUGCUGUUUUUCUUCAGAUUAUUAAGCAGUGAAGCUUUAUAACAAUUACAAAUGAGGCUCUUGCACUGUGCAUUCUGCUUUUUUCCUUUGGGCUUGCCUGUGCAUCAAACUAUUUAGCUUAAUUUUGCAAAUAGAAACUUAAAGAUGCAUUCAUUGUUGUUGUUUUUUUUGUUUUUUUUAUUUGCCAUUUGGGAGUAGCACAACAACUUGUAAAUACAACAUUGACAUAAAGCUAAAAUAAUAAUAUAAUAAUCAAUAAUAAAUUCAAAGCGCCUUUCAUGACACCCAAGGUCACUUCACAAACAAAAAAGGACAUUAAAACUAUAGUGAUCUCAUUAAAAGUAAAAGUCAGUAAGUCAGUCCAUAAGCUGAUUGACUUUCAGCUGAUGACUGACUGUCCAUAAGUUUUAAGUCUGUUUUUAAAGUCAGUAAUUGAGUCAGUGUCUGAUGUAGUCGGGCAGUGACUUCUACAGCUUUGGGGCAAUGUAGCUGAAAGCCCUCUCUUCCAGGGUGCUGCGGUUCAUGCUAGGGGCAUGCAGUAGGCCUGUUGACCUACUGAGGAGGAUCUCAGUGAGCAGGCAGGGGUGUUAACUUCCAGUUCUUAUGACAGAGUAGUGCGAGACCACCUCCUCUCCCAGAUAAGCGGGGGUUACAGAUGUAAACAAAUUAGCCUGGUCUCACAGAAUUCUGUGAAUUGAUUACAAACUGUUACCAGUGCAUUACAUGAUGGUGGUUGGAAUGUCUUAAAAUUUUGUGUGGUCACCAUAGGAGGCAAUGUCAAAGUAAAGUCAAUGAGAAGAUGACGUAGCAUUAAUAGCAACAACGGUAGUGAGUAGGACUUUCACCCAGGAGAGCGGAGAUCGUGUCCCGAAUGUCACAAUUCCUAAACCCAAUCGUCCCAUUCUUCUUUUCCUAAACCCAACCCAUCCACUGUAUACAGCCUUCCCGCUCUUCUUUUCCUUAAUGCAACCCGUUGUUGUCCCGCCCACCCGCAACCUUUUCGUUAUCUUAAGGGGCCAUGUUAAUUUCACAGAAUUUUUCUGUGAUCCCAUCACGGAAUUUUCAGUGAUUCCAUGAAUCUGCCACAGAUUUUGAGUUAAGUGUUCGUGUUCAUUUCACGGAAAUCGGAGAGAUUAGGUUCAAACAAAUCCAUGCCGGGCUGCUUGGUUCAGGUGGAAGAAAUUUGUUCCACAAUAAAUUCACUGACGAUAAAAGCCCCACCGGUGAGGGAUCUUCUGUUGAACAAUCCAGCUUUCAGUCUGUUUGAUUUGGGCAGAAGGGCAAGCACAAUAUGGUCAACUCGUCGAUCAGGCUUCAAAUGGCCGCAAUCAACAGUCCAAAGACCGGGGAA